AUGUGCUAUUGGUACCUCAUGGGAUAUCAGAAGCCUCCCAGCGAGCGGGCUGGUAGUUCUACUGAUGUGAGGAGGGGUUUUGAAAUACGCCGCGUCUUAGCAGAUAAAAUCGCCCCACCGCGAAACCACCUCGCGUUUCAGAAGAUAUACUUUGCCGAUUAUGGCCCAGCGCCCGGUAAGCACCAGAGGCGGCCCCAAGGGGCUACGACGGCCGGAACAGGUCUUGCUCAGAAAACGGAUCCUUAUAUUUAUAUAUCGGAGUAA